AUGGGCAAGCCAAACAAGCCAAGGAAGCCCCAGACGCCGCUGGACCAACUGCCGAUCCAAGCGAGGCUUAAGAUCAAAAAAUACUCGCCGGAUGUCUGCGAUGCGGCGAUUAAGGGACAAGAGAUUCCGGUCGCACUGGGCUAUGAGCUGACGCGGUUCAGUGUGAUCCGGGGCAUCCGACACCAUCAUGGCUUCGCCCAGGAGCUGCGCGGAGUGACUCCCGAGUUCACUCGUGCCUUGAAUGCCCGCGAUAUCAUGAGCGGGAUCAUUCCCACAAUAUCACACCCGGAUGAGACUCCUUACUGCAUUUGGUAUCCGGAUAUCCCAACGGAGCAUACCCUGCGAGCUCUGGUUCAGCGCUAUCCCGAUAUGAUUUAUCAGGCGGCUCGUGCCUGUGCCAUCGCUGGAUACUUCGACCUAUACAAAAAGCUUGAUCCUGUCCCAGAGGUCCAUGUCGCAGAAGAAGCUAGCCAUGCCGGGGUCCAGAGGAUCAGCAAGGGAAGCCAGGAAAUUGCCCGCCAUAUAAUAUCACAGCCCGUGAAAUUCGCCAUUAUGAACGACUACACGCGGACAGUCGAUGUUACCAACCCUCGCAUGGCUUUUUUGAAUGGCGACACUGCGGUUUAUUCUAGUCUGUCUGCCCGACGAAAACAUCUGGAGCCGAGCGAGCUUUCUGAUUUCUACCAAAACUUCUGGGAUCCUCAUUGCCGGUUUGCCUCUUUCAAUAUUACCGAGGAUUGGGGUAUUGAUGAUCAUGACCAGGAGGAGCCCGAGCCCGCAGAGAGUUACUUUCCGCUUUUGUACGGGCCGCUACCAAGGGACCUGCCUCCCAUCAACAAGGAUAAAUUGAUACUGAUAGCCGCCUACUGCGGUGAUAUCGACCGUUAUACACGUUUACACAGACCGUCGCUGAUUCGCAGUGAAUUCCUCUGCGUCAUCCGUGGCAUCUACCAUAACCCGUUCUGGGCGAAAUGGUGGAGCACGCAGAUCCCCAAGCAUACAGGGUCGCGGUUCACGGAAUUUGAGGAAAUCAUGAUCCAGCGGGCAGUCAACGCUCGGCGUAUUAUGUCUGAUGAUGUCACAUGGGUCACGCCAGACACGCCGAAAGAUCUGCUCCCGAGGAACAUCUGGUUCCCGCAGCGAGCUUGUCCAGAAACGUACGAGCGGUUGGCUCGUAUUAGGCCCGAUAUGCUGUGGCUAUGCCUUUAUGCCUGCAUUGUGGCCAAUUAUCGAGACCUGUGGGAUAAACUCUUACUACCACCGUCCUCUGCCACCCUCGCCAUUGGUCAGAUGCCACCGGUUGCCGAGGGGGGCGAGGCCCAAAAGUUGAAGCUUCAACGGCUUUCAGAGAUAGCUGACCCGAUACUAUGGAUGGAAGCCAAGGCAUCGCGCAACGAUCACUACCAAUGCGAUAUCAAAGCGGCUGUUCCUGACGCUAUACAGUCACUCGAGCCCCACUCAGGUCGUGCCCCUGCAUUAAUGUUUUAUUACUCGUCGCAGGACCUAUACUACCCUACACCAGACAGUCGCUCCAGAUGGGUGCACACAAACGAUCCGGUUCAUGUUUCUGUCUCCGGCGGCAGAGUUUAUGGCGAGGACUACGAUCGAUAUGACGGCGUGUCGGCUCAAGUGCCUGGUAUAGACUUCGCCGUGUUUGCCAGGGAUGCAGUCGGCGUAGAUCAUGAGGUUUGGAAGGAGAAGGGAGACACUUGUCUGAAACUACACGAAGUGUACGAAUUGCUGGACAUAGGGGGUUCUUGUCCCUAGCAUCAAGUUGAGAUCCG